CCGUCGCACCCGCCGCCCCGCCGAGAUGCCCCGCGCAACCGACCGCCGCCCGAGUGCCCGCCGCCCCGACGCCGGCGUCGACGAUAUAUCGCUCGACGGCAUCUCCGUGCUCUCCAGUGAGGGUACGAGCGCCCGCGCAGCAAGCCCGCCACCCGCCGCCCAACGAUCCGCCGCCCACAAAAACGCCGCCGCCCACAAAGCCCGCGAGCGCCAGCUCCGGGACGACGAUAUGUGCGAGGUACAGAGCCCUACCUUCGUCAAGUGCAAGCGCUGCGAGACGAGGAUCAAACUCUCCGCGCGCUCCCCGUACGAACCUUUCCACUGGAACAAGCAUAAGUCCCGCUGCCUGAACCGCAAGCCUGCCGAGCUCGAGGAGUACCGGCGGAAGGCCCAGGAUAAGUCGGUCGGUUCCUCGUCCGCGAAGAGCGCUCGAGUGCCCAAGCCGGCGGCACUGUCGCUACCCUUCACGCCACCGCCUGCCCUCGACUCCGGCAGCGCCUCGUCAUCAGGGUCUUCCAGCAAAGGGGGCUCGCCCGCGCCUGAAUCUUCCCACGACGACGCGAACGAGUCCUUCGGGUCGUCCUCGGCGCCUGCUUCUCGCUCGGGGUCGCUCCCCGCCACCCCGCGCGAGGAGCACCACCCGCUGCAAGCUGACCUCGGAUUCGCUCCCGCAGCAUCACAGGAGUGGACCUGGGGCCACCUCAAGGUGCCCGCCUGGUUGGCGACCGCAUACCCUAACGACGUCAGGUAUCCGUCGUUGUUUGAGCCCAUGGCGGUGGGCAGCUACUGCGACCUCGACGCCCCCUUCGCAUCCAAGCACCCCAUCUCGUCGAUCCGGACCCAACUACCCGAGCCGGCCAGCGCGCCCAUGGAAGCGGCCUCUGCCCCUGCGCUCCACUUCUCGAUGAACAACGACUAUAUUCCCUAUUAUUGAUCGAUAUCAUAACCUAUUCCCGGACUCGUUGAUCCCGACGCCUCACCUCUUGCGCCGCCUUUUUCUAUUCCGUUGUUUCUCCCUCGGGUUUGUUGUCAAACAAAUGUUGCAUCAGUCUUGUAAUAUGUAUCUGUGUCAGCUAGAUCGUCACUGUCCUGCAUCUCAUCCUCACAUCAUCCUGCAUCCAUCCAUUGUCAC